ACUAACAAAGUAAUUAAAUGUCAAAGUGAAAUAAUGAUUUUAAUAAAAUACUUAAAUAAUAUAUAAAUAUAUUUAUAUAUAUAUAUAUAUAUAUAUAUAUAUAUAUAAAUCAGUGUAAUAAUGACUAGUGAAACUAAAGACUCUGUCAAUGAUGAAGCUGCUGAGGAUCUAUCGAAAACUGACGAAAAUAGUUUGAGUUCGUCGAUAAGUCUGAGCAUUGGCGAGUGUUCGGUUCGUCUGAAAGAGAAACCAGCAGCUAAACAAUCAACCGAGCAAAUUAAUCAUAAACAAAAUAAUGACAGUAAAUGGUGGGUAAAAAAACCUGGACGUCCUGAAAGUGGGCCCAAGGCUUCCAAAGAUGUCACUCAUUCUUCCAUGAGAGAAUUUCUUGAGAAAGAAAAAAUUUGCAAGGUCCAAAAUGGAGCAACGAAAGACAAAGAUGACACUCUGUGUGAUAUAUUAGCAUCGACAGCCUUUGAUAAGUAUCCAUCUGACUUUGAAAAUGCGACAGAUGAUGAUAUUGGAAGUUUUCUUGAAGAGAUGAGCAAAAUUGCUGGAGCUCUGAGUCCCAAUUCAGCUCCCGAGCGCACCAAGUCUACGGAGUCGAGCAAAAUAACGACUGAAGAAGAAAAGUCUGUUGAAGAACUACUGGAAGAAGCUGAGAAACUCGUUCGCGAAAAUGUCGGACUCUCCAAAAGUGCUUCGCGUUCAGACACCCUGGUCCCGGAAGACUUAAAAGGGCUCUCUCGCUCUGCAGAUGGUCUCGACCGCGUGCAAAAUAUGGAAGAUGACAUUUUCCAGCUUAUAGAGCAAGAAGUCCACCGGGAAAUGCACAAGAGUCCGCGGAGUCCACGCAAAAGGUCAUCCAGUCCCGACUGCGAGGUCGUCUACGAAAAUGUCAACAGUCUCAAGCCUCCCAAGAGUAUCGGCCUCCAGCACCAGCGUUUCGAGGAACAAAAAGUCGAGGUGUCAAGUUCUUCAGACCUCGACGAUCCAAUAGAACGUCAUUCCAAGUCUGAGGACUUGAAGAACGAAAAGAAAAUUUCUCAGGAUGAUCAGAAUCUAAGGAAGGAAAUCACUGAUGUCGACAAAGAUUUUUUCGAUGACUUGCUACGGCGUUCGCGAGACAAAGCCGAGGGUAAAAUAUCAUCCAGCUCAAGUUUUGGUCAAGAAGAUUUUUCUCAUUUCCUAAAAAUUCUUCAGCAUCAAGAUUCUGCUCACGACAUCGCCAAGGCUGCUGCUAAUUCCGAUUUGAUCACAUGCCUGCCAAAUGACCCCAAGAAUUCGACGUAUCCUGAGAAAGAAAUAACCGAAAUUCUUGAACGGGAGCUGUCCAAAGUCUCGCAGUCAAGUCAGCAGAAAACUUCAAAUAGCAAAGAUGAAUGCCAGAAAAGACGUAAGUCAUCAACAGAUAGUUCAAGAUUGUCACGUAAAUCAAGUCGUGAUCGUGGUAUUGAUAUUAAAAAAGUAAUCAAUAAUCAAAAUGAAUUAUACUCUGUUGGAUUGACUCCAAGAUUAGAAUUAUUUGCUGAUGCUAUUCCUAAACUAAUGGCGGAAAAAUCUAAUGAGGCUGCUGAAAAGUCUGCUUUGCCUGAAGAAAAGUCUUCUUUACCCACAGAAAAGUCUUCUGUACCAACAGAAAAGUCUUCUAUAACAACAGAAAAAUCUUCUGUACCAACAGAAAAAUUUGAUCUUCAAAUAACUCCUGUACAUUUCGGAACUAAAAAUUCAAAUCAAAUUACAAAUAAAAAUUCUAAAGCUAUAGAAGUAUGUGGAACUAGUGGAAGCAAAGGUCUAGGAGGAUCUAAAAGUUGUGAUCAAUUAUCAAAACCAAUGAAAUCAUUCCGUUCACUAGAUGACAUCAGGAACUCCCGUUCCCUGGAUAUCGCCAAAAAAUUACCGCCAAAAGCAUCAAAAUCCAGAGGCUCCAGUUCUAAUUUGAAUUCGAAUGCGAACACGAACGUUCACAUAAAGCCGAACCUCACAACUUUAGCCUCGCGUGUUAAGUUUUCAGUAAAACCCGCCACUAAAAGCCGUCCAUUGAUGCGCAAGAAUGAUUCCGCUGAGUCCAUAGUGAAAAACUCGCUGGCGGGUGGAGAUUCUAAGCGGAAUUUAUCGAAAGAUGACUGGGAAGUUCUCUUUAAUGAGGAGAAGCACAAGAAUCUGCUGCUGAAGAAUCAGAUUGAGGCUGAGGCUCGUCAGUACAAGCAGCAGAUCGAGAGCAUGCGGGUUUCUUUUGAGGAAGAACUGUUUGCUGUGAAGAAAGGGAACAUCAUUUUGAAGGCGCAGAUUGAUGAGUUGUCUCUGAGGCAGGACAAGAAGACUGAGCCGGUUUCUGUAAGAAGUGACACGAGGGUUCUGCUGCUGGAAAAGGAACUGGAGAAGCAGGAGAGCCUUCUGAAGACUUAUGAGAGUGAGAAUAAGCGACUGAUGGCGGAAGCCAAGAAAUUUCAAGAAGAGAAACGUCUCUGGGAGGCACAGGACAAGAAGGAAGCGAAGGAUCUUGAGGAUUCCAAGGAGCAGAAGCUCAAUGAUGAGAUAAAAGAUCUGAGGGAAGAAAUUCUGAAGCUGAAUUUCGAAGUUACUGAUCUGAGGCAAAAGAACAGCGAGGCUGCGAUGAAGAAUGACGACCUCCAGCAGCAGAAUAGUCUGGUCUGCGAAGAGCUGAGUAUGUAUAAAGAACAGUUGAAGACUAAGGACAAGUUUAUUGGUGAUAAGUUGAGAGCUUGGAGCACGGAUGAAGCCGAGACUCGCAGACGAAUGGAAGAAAUGCGGGUUGAGUUGAAUUCCAAGAACGAGAAGCUCAGGAUCGCUAAGCAGGAGCUGGAGAGAUUCAAUGAAGCGAUCGGUCCUUUGGAGAAGGAACUCCUGGAUCUGAGGACGCGGGAAGAAACUCUGUUGGAGAAACUCCAGGUAUCGAGGAGUCAUGUCGAGCGGGAGAAAGUUCUGACCCAGAAGUUAAAGGAUCAGGUGAUUCUGGACAACAAAAAAAUACUAGAUUUGAACAGACAGGUCCGUGAAAUGGAGAGAAUUUUGAAGCGCAAGAACCCAGACUCCGUUUCCGCUCUGAUUCUGACCGCGAAGUCUGACAACGAGAGGAUAAAUAUCGAAAAGGUUCGAUUACUAGAAGACAGGAUUGCGUCUCUAGAGGGAGAGAUUCGCGCGAAGGAAGAGUACGGUCAGGAAAAGUUGUCUGAGUUACAAAGGAAAUUCGUGGAAAUGAAAGAAAAAUAUACAACCCAAGUGAAAGAUCUUGAAGAAAAGCUUCGCGAGGUCGCUAACAGAGAGCGCGAAAAAGUGCGUCGUGACGCGUGGGUCCAAGUGGCGCCAUCUGUCGAGAGUCGGGCAUGUGAAGCGCGUCGUGAUUCGGUUGACGACAAACGCUUCGAAAGACGGGAUUCUAAAACUUGCAAGACCGUAAAAGAUAUAAAAGAAGACGCGCAUCUGAUCGCGACAAUCCGCGGGCUGAAAAUGGAGCUCGGUAACAAAGACAAAGCCUUGGGUAAGUUGACCAGAGACUUAGCGGAGCUGCAGAAACAGAACCGGAAGCUACAGAAGGAACGUGAGAAGCUCGUCAACGACAGGAAGAACUUCAAGUCUGACGAUAAGCGGAUUUCCAACAUGGGAAUCAGCAAAAAUGAAGCCAAUGAUCACAACUCAAAUGUUUACCAGAACGGACACGUCAAUGGCAAUAAACUCACGGGGUCGACUUCUAGGAUUUACGACCCCUCGGUUUAUUCUGAAAAUGGUGAUAACGUCGACGCGAAACGUCUGAGAGACGAGAACGAUUUCCUGAAGGAAGAACUGGACAAAAUAAACAAAGAGUUCAUGGGACUGAAGACCAAGAGGCUGCACGACCUGAACCUGCUGCAAGAGGAACACGAGCGAGAGCUAGCGGAACUUGUCAAGGAGUACAGUGUAAAGUUCGGUGACUCGAAGGUGGUGAAGCUCCAAGGACAGAUAAACAACCAGGUUGCUGUGAUUGGUCAUCUAAAGGAACAGAUCGAGUCGCUGAAGGACUACAAGGAGCAGGUGCUGGUACUCAAGGUUGAGCGCGAGCACCUGGAGAACAAGGUCAAGGUUUUAAAUGAAAAAGUAAAGUAUUUGUCUACUCCUGGUACUGAGCAGCUGCAGCUGCUGCAGGAGAAGAUAACGAUUUUACAACAGAGACACGAGAGCAGGGAAAUGACGCUGCAGAAUUUAGUGAGAGAGCUGCUGAGGAGUAAAACUCAGUGCAGAGAUUGCAGGGGCGAGAAAGGUAAAAAUAGACAGUUGUGUUACUUUAGGCAGGAACUCGAUCAUAUCUUGGCGAUGUUACAAGAAAUCGCCAAUGUUUAAUAUCUAUAGAUUAUAAGAUUUAUUUAUUUAUAUAUUUAUAACUAGAAGUUUGUCUAGAUCUGAUUAACUUUUGAUAAUCUUGCCGGUUUUAUUUAUUUUUAAAUUUUAAGUGAUUGCGAGCCAAAAUACCUGAUGUCCAAUCGAUCUUAACAAUUUGUUUUAAAGUUAUUCUAUAAUAAUAAUACUAACAAUAAUCAAAAUAAUAUAUUUUAAAUGUAGAUUUGUUAUUAAGAUUACGGUAGAUUUUAUCGAUUGGAAUCACUGCCAAAGAUUAUGCUGUUUAUUUUUUUUAACUGACAUUUAUUUUAAUAAUUAGUAAUAAAUCGAUCUUGCCAUCAUGUCAUUUUAUUUAAAAAAGUAUUUUACGCACCUAGAGGCGAAAGUAAGACAUUCCGACCCAGGUUCAGUUGUUUGUCUGAACUGAACCACAUCUGCGACGAAAAGUUCUAAUUUACGCGAUUGGUCAAGUUUGCGCAUGCGCGCAUUUCUCUUAUGAGAAGUAGAACUUUUGAGCGGAUGUCUAUUACACAGAUUCUGAUAGCCAGAGUUUCUGAACAGAAAGAUGGUGUACGUGAGUUGCGACUAACUUGACAACAAGUUGUUGACAACUUUCAGCUUUUGUAACUGUUGACCAGAAAGUUGACGACGAUUUGCUGCUGCAACCUGCCGACAACUUUCUGAGAAAAUUGAAGACAACUUUCCGUUAACUUUUGCGGUCAACUUGACAACAAGUUGUUGACAACUUUUAGCUUUUGUAACUGUUGACGACAAGUUUCCCAAAAAGUUGGCGACAAUUUACUGCUGCAACCUGCUGACAAUUUUCUGAGAAAAUUGAAGGCAACUAUUCCAUCAACUUUUGCAGUCAACUUGAUGACAGGUUGCGGCAGUAAAUUGACGCCAACUUGGUUAUCAGGAUAGAUUUCGAUUAAACAGAUUUUCGAUGGUGCCCAUAAUCAAUUACACAGAUGGAAUCUCUUACUUAUCGACCGUAAAUCGAAUCAAAAAGAGAACAUUUACAUGUUUAAUUCUGCAUUCUAUAGAAAUGUAGAAUUCAAGAGUUUUUAUAAAUUCUCCAAGAUGACAAGUUUUGGUUUUCUAUAUAUAUCUAUAGAUUUCCUAUAGAUUUUCUGACGGUUGAUAAACUGUAUCAUUAGAAUGUGUGUAUUAGAAAUCCGCCUUAAACUUUUCGCUGGCUAGACAGUGCGUAAAUUAAAAGUUUCUGCGCAGGUGUGGUAGAAAAGUACAUUAUGCGAUUGGAGAUCUUCCUAAAUAGAUAAAAAUGCUGACUAACCUUACUGACGAAGUAGAAGCGGAACGUGAUUGAACUAAUGGCGCGAAAAUUUAAAAUAAAAAAUUUUUUAUUUUCGAUUUUGAAUUUUCGCGCUAUUAAUUUAUUUACUGAAUGGAAUUCUGUGACGUCAGUAAAAUAGAAUGCGACUCAAGACUUCCUCAUUUUUUUUAAAUUAGUGAUUUUAUUUUUAAAUGAUUAAUUUAGAAGACAAAGUGCUUAAUCUACAAGCUGAUUUUUAAAAAGUAAACAAUUAUUUUUAUUUAUUUAUUUUUAAAAAUUAUAUAUUUUUGACUAUUUUAUAAUUUAUGAUAAAUAAACUAGGAUAUCAUAGGCUUAAAAGUGAAUAAAAUUUGAACUAUCAACAUUUUGAACUCGUGUGUAUUUUUAGAAGACGAUCAACGAAUUUUCGCGCUCAAAAAUAUUUAUUUCCUUAACAUUAUCGACUUAACUAAUUAAUUUAUAAAAGUAUGCACAAAAAAAACGGAGUUAAUAUUCCGUUCAAUUUAUCAGUAUUGCACAUAAAUAUGAUAUUUUUUUUAAACAUAUGGACUAGCUUUAAUAAUAAUAAUAAUAAUGUACAAAAAUUUAUCUCUGUCUUUCUUGAGAUUUAUUUGUGAUUCCAUUAAUUGCGAAUAUUUUACUG